AUGAAUAGAGCCACAAUAACAAGUAAUAAAUCAAAUGCUCCUUCAUUUUUAAGUAUUCCUUUACUAGCUCACAAUAACAACAUUAAUAAUAAUAAUAAUAACAUUAAUAAUAAUAAUAAUAAUAAUAAUAUUAAUAGUAACAAUAAUGGUACAACCACAACAACUACAACAACUACAAUAACAACAAUAUCAUAUAAAAAUAAUAUAAGUGAAUUAAUUACAAUUAUUGAUAAAAUUAUUAAAGAUUUAAAUAAUUUUAAAUCAAAAACGGUUUUAAAUGAUCAAGAAUUUUCAGAAUUAAAUAAUACAAUACAAUUUACAAAAACAUCAUUAGUUAAUUAUAUUCAUUAUGAAAAUGAAAAUAAAAUCAAUUUCAAUCUAUCAGAUUCAAAAAUAAUUUGUAGUGAAAUUAAAAUCAUUGAAUAUGGUAUUGAAUCAUUUAUAUUUUCAAUAUGUAAACUUUAUCAAGAUUUAAUUCAAUUUCAACAACUUUUAUUAAAACUUUCAUCACCUCCAACCACAAUCACCUUUAACACAACAAUCAAUUCAACAAAUUCUUUUACUUCAAAUUUAAUUAUAAAUAAUCUUUUAAAAGUUGAUUCAAUUUUAAAACAAUCAAUUGACCAAUUAUUAGCAUUAUUUCCACCAUCAUCGUCAUCAUUGAAUAAUGAAAAUAAUAAUAAUAAUAAUAAUAAUUAUAAUCCAUAUGAAUUAUUAAGUAAUGAAGCAAAAGUAUUGUGGAAUCAAUUUGGUGGAAAUAAAAUAACAUUUGUGCCAUGGUCAAUAUUUUUUAAAGGAUUUCAAAAGUUUUUCAAUAAGGAGAUAUUAGCUUAUGAAUCAAGUUUAAGAUAUACAUUAGAUUUCACCCGGGAUGGUUAUGUUACACCAUUCAAGCUAUCAGUAUUUAUAAAAUGGUUUGGAGCAUUACCUGUAUCACUUGGUAUAUUUCAAGAUGUUAUAAACUCAAAGAUAUUCAGUGGUUUCAUAUCUGGUAUAGAGGCAACACAAUUGUUAUCGAGACAACAAGUUGGUUAUUAUUUAUUACGUUGUAGUAAAACUAUUGUUGGUGCAUUCGCUAUCACUUUUGUUGAUUCUACAAAUCAUAUUAGACAUUGUUUACUCUAUCCAGUGACUUCUUCAAUCAAUGGUGGUUUAACACUUCAAAAACCACCCGAUAUUUUUAAAAGUAUUUUAUCUUUUAUUUUAUCUUUUUCUUCAAAAUUAAAAUAUCCAAUUGGUCCUUUAGAUAAUGAUUUAUUACCACCAUUAUCAAUAAUUAAUAAUAAUCCAAUUUUAAUUUUACCUGAUGAAAAUAAUAAUAAUCAAAAUAAUAAUCAAAAUAAUAAUAAUAAUAAUAUAAAUACAUUUUCAACAUCACCAAGUUCAUUUUUCACUAUUGAUUCGAGUAAUAGUAGUGAUACAAAUAAAUCACCAACCAAAUCUAGAAAAUCAUCUUUUAAAAAUGAUAAAGAUAAAAAAGAAAAAGAAAAAGAAAAAGGUAAAGAUAAAGAAAAAGAAAAAGAAAGAGUUUCAGAUGAAAAUUUUGAUAAUUUACCAACAUUUUUAAAUUCUGAAGAUGAAAAUGAUAAUAAUAAUAAUAAUAAUAAUAAUAAUAAUAAUAAUAAUAAUAAUAAUAAUAAUAAUAAUAAUAAUAAUAAUAAUAAUAGUAGUAAUAAUAAUAAUUGUAACAUUAAAGAAACACAUCAAACUACAUCAAAUGGUAGUAGUGGUAAUAAUAAUAAUAAUAAUAAUAAUAAUAAUAAUAAUAAUAAUAAUAAUAAUAAUAAUAAUAGUAGUAGCACAACUAAAAGGAAUAAUAAUAAUAAUGGGUCUGAUGAAUCAAAAGAUCUUUGUACAGUUUGUAUGGAUAACGAAAUUAAUACUGUUUUUUUAGAAUGUGGUCAUUUAAGUUGUUGUUCAUUAUGUUCAGUAAAAUUAAAAAAGUGCCCAAUUUGUAGAAGUAGAAUAACAAGAGUCAUUAACAUAUUUAAAUCCUAA